AUGUUAGCAAAGUCUCAAUUAUGUAAUUAUUUGAGUAAAUAAUUAGUUUUUAAACAGAUUGAUCUGUUCGGACAAAGCAUUUCCUUAAAUUUAAAUGGAGAAGAUCUAUAUAAAACAGGAGGAGGAGGUUUUUUAUCUUGCAUGAUCGUGGCCAUUGUUGCAAUUUUCUUUUAAUCAAAUAUCGUAGAUUUCUUAGGAAAGACUAAUAUCAGUGCAGACACUUAAAUUGUAUUUGAAGAAAACCCUGAUAGAAUUAAAUUUACAUCAGAUAAUUUUAUGUUUGCUGUUGCUAUCGAAUAAAAUACAGCUUUCAAUACAAAUCCAUUUUUUAACAUUUCAAUAAAAGCAAGGUAAAUUUAUUUAACAAACAAAGAACAUAUGUAAGAUUGAGUAAUGGAACUACUAUUAAAUAUGAAAAUCUUACUAAUUUGAUUCCAUGUACUUUAGAUAGAUUUCAAAAAAUAUUUGAUAAAUAUGAUCUUAAUUUUACAGAUCAAUACAAUUAAUUAGGAUUAUCUACAUGGUUAUGUCCAGAGUAAUAUCUUCAUUUAUUAUAUAGUCUUAAUUAUUCAAUAACAGUUGGUGGAAGAUAUUCAAGCGAAUAUUUAGAUUUUGCAAAAAUUGAAAUAACAGAUUGUAAAAAUGAUACAUCAAAAAAUGCAUACUUAACUUGGCAUCCUACUUGUGCAUCUAAAGAUGUUAUGGAAAAAUGGUUAUCAAGUGAAGGUUCCUAUAGAAUAAGAAUGUAUUCAAUUUUAAUUCAAUUAGAUAUAUGACUAACACAGUAGUAAAUCCAUCUAAACCAACUAAUUACAUUUAAGGUUAUUUAGAUGAUGAAGUCUAUUUUUAAUUUGUUCCUUUUAAAUUAUCUCGUUAAUCUGAUAUAUUUUUUAAAAAAUAUUAAAUCAAUACUGAUGAGAGUUUAGUUCCAGUAUUUGAUGAUGAAUAAAUUGAAAAUGUAUUUACAAAAGAACCUGCAGAUUUUAGAGAUAUUACUACUCUAGGAUCUCCAACAGAUAAAUAAUAUAUAGCUUUGUAUUUUAGAAGAAGUCCUUAUACAAAAUAUAUUACUAGAUCAUUUUAAAAAGUAGAUGAUCUUUUGUCAUACUUAGGAGGAUUUGUCAAUAUAGUUGUUGUAUUUUUAGGUUUCUUUGUAGCAUUCUAUAAUAAAUAACAAUGUAAGAUUUAUUACAUAAUAUAAAAAAGAUCUAAUUGAACUUGCAAAUAAAGUUUAUGACUUUAAUUUUGAGAAUAUCAAAAAUUCCUAAAGACUAAGAAAUGAUGAUUUGGUUAAAAAAAUAACAUAGAUAAAAAAAAAGACUUAAACAUUUAAAGCUAUAGAAAUGGAAGAUUCAAAUAUGCCCAAUAAAAAAUCACUCACUUAACCUUUAUAAGAUGAGGAAAUAAGGAUAUAAGUAUUUAAUGAAGAAACACCACAUAAUACAACGAACUAAAAAUAGUUAAUCAAGAAUACAUCUUCAGAAAUAAAGUCAGAAUUUUAAAAAUAAUAAGAAGAAAUUGUUUCUAAACUUGGUUUUAAGAGUAGGAAAGACUAUUUAACAUCUUAGAUUUCUUAAGUUCUCACUAAAGCUAAACCAAUUUAAUUUACAUUUAAAUUCCUUUGCCAUCAAAUGACUGGAGGAAGGUGUUUUAAAGACAAUACUUCUAUACUUCUUAUGAAGGCUGUGUAAAUUUAAAAAAUUAAUUUAUAGAGAUAGAAUAAAUUCUGAUAUUGAUAUCUAUGUUAUUUUGGAAAAAGUUAAAGAAAUUAAUCUAUUAAAAGAAUUAAUGCUUGAUAAAAAUUAAUAAAUUCUAUUUAAUUUUGCUCCAAAAUAAGUGAUUACUCUUUAAGAAGAGAAAAAACUUCCAAGUAGAGUAGAAGUUUAUACGUAAUUUUAUAAUUAUAAAUUAGAUAAAAAUUGACAGAAAAUUCGAGUUCAUCUAUCUCUGUUGGCUAAAUUGCUUAGUUGGCUAUGAAAAAACAUACAGAUGCUGUAAAAGCAGCAAUUCCUGUAUCUAUUAAAGCAUAUCAAAAGUUAUAUAAAGUAAAUAAACAUUAUUGAGAAAGGCUUAUGAUAAAAUAAAUGAUCCAUAAAAAGAAUUAGGAAGAGUAAAUCAAAUACUAAUUGAAAAAUUAGGCAAAGAAAUACGAGAUAUUUUUGAAGUUUCUUAAUUUAUAGAUUUCGAUCUUGUGGAAUAAAAAUUGAGUCAUAGAAUUAAAUAUAUACUUAGAAAAAAAGUAAAAUAAAUGAGGUAGAGCAAAUCUUAAUUGAAAAAAGACUCUGACGAUGAUUCAUCAGAUAAUUAUGGACUUUUUAGUUAAGAAAGAAAUAAACCAGAUAAUAGUGGAAUAUUAUAAAGAGAAAUUUUAUUCCCUCAUAGAAACUUUUGA